UUAAUGCAAUUUGAAGCCAUGUUUGUACUGAAUACGUACAAAAAUUCCAGCACAGUAUUAGAGCUAACACAUUACAGCAGAUACGUACUAACCUUAGAUAAAAAUACACGCAGACCCCUGUACGGAGCUAUCAGUGUUCUUUUUUACUAUUUCGACUGGAAGCGGCUUGUAUAAGACAUCACGUUGCUCCACUAUUUUGACCAUGACCUGCCGCACUGUAACGCAGCACAGCGGCGUCCUGUAUCCGAUCGUCCUAUUAUACGAAAUUCCCACGGAGCGCUUCGAGAAGAGCUCCAACGGCUGCGGCUACUGGAUCUACACGGCUGAUAUCGGUGUGGAGGAGCAGCCGCAGCACACCGGCAUUCCACCGACCGUCUGGUGCAUCACCAUUACCGUCAACCAGACCAACGGCGUUGCCUCCGCCAAGAUCGAGCCCUGCAUCGAGCGCACACAACUGACCAGCCCGGAAACGAUACGCGUGGAGUGCGCGGUCAGCGGAACCGUCAGUGCAGGUUACGGUGACAAAUUCGAGGUGACCAUCGGGCCGGACGGCUGGGCCAGCCAGGAGACCGCCCGCUCCGUCUCCGUCCCCAUCGACUCCGACUACUACGCGCUGUGCCGCACCAGCCACUGCCGCCUGCGCAGCCGCGCCACCGUCUACGCCAGCCUGGCGUUCUACACCCAACCCGACCGCGGUCGCACCGCUGCCCACCAGCGUCAGCUGCUCCACAGCCUGGGCCACCUACUGGAUAGCGGCCGCUCCGCCGACUGCACCAUCGUCUCCCGCGAGGGCAAAGAGUUCCCGGCGCAUCGCGCAUUGCUCGCCGCGCAAUCCCCGGUGUUCGACGCCAUGUUCCACGCCGAGAUGAAGGAGCGGGCGUCCGGGGUGUGCCGGGUGGAAGAGAGCGCGGAGAUCGUGGCGGCGCUGCUGCGGUUUGCGUAUACGUGUCGCGGAACCUUGGAGCAAGGGGAGCGGAUGGAGGAGCUGCUGGAGGCGGCGGAUAAGUACGAUAUGCGGGAAUGGCGAGCGCAUUGCGAGGACGUGAUGGCGGACGGUCUCAACGUGGAGAACGCGCUGCGGUAUCUGGUAUUCGCCAAGGAACGCGGGCUGAAGAAGCUGAAGGUCAAGGCGGCGCAGUUCAUCGGGGAGAACUGCAUUGAAAUUUAAAUGUCAAGCCAUUCCAUGUGAGCAGAAGCACCGGCUUUUUGUAUCAUAAUAAUUAGUACAAGUUUAUAACUAUUUUCCAGCGAUAAUCGUAAUUCAACGCUUGCUGUGUGAAGCCGUUUGUAGGUUUCGGCACGUUUCGUAUCGACAAAUUCGAUUUUUUUAAGGCGACCUAGCUGAGUUUUUUCGAAUAUUGGGCUAAGAAAGCGCGGCGAUCAGCCAAUUAGGAAGAGCGAUACUACUGAAUGUUUAGCGACUCGAAAGGUCAGAAUGUUAGGGUUGCAAAACAGUCAGGCCAACAAGUAGUCUGUUACAAAUAGCAUUAAUAUAUAAUCCCAAU